AUACUUUAGAAGAAGCCUCGAAGAGCCGCCAAAACAAAACUCGCUUCACCUUGGCUAUAUAAAUACGGGCGAAAUCACUACUGUCACUCGUAUGGAAGAUGAUUUUUGUUUCGACAUAGGACUAUAACUCGCGUUGAAAUCACUAUCGAGAGCGUAGGCGAUAUCACGCCUGGAACAAUUUUUCUUGGUCACUCAACUCUUCCGUCCGAUUCGCAAACGAAGCGCAGGCCAUUUUUGGCACUGUGGAAGGUCGGGAACCAGACCUCUAACCAGUUUAAAAAACGGGGGUGGCAGCGCGCAGGCAGCUGCUGAGAAAUUCGGACGCACUGAAGCUAGUUUUUACCCCAUAGCUCCGGAAAGCAAUCAACCCUAUCUCCCAGUCGCCGCAAGAGAGAAUUUUCGGGGCUUUAUAGAUCUCCUAACACCCGUAACCAUCGGGCAAUCCUCCCUCGGGAGGAAGAAGUCGAAAGCAACCAAAAUCUCCAAGGAGGACUUGCGAAACGUUAUAAUGGCACACGUAGGCCUAGUCCAGUGCGGACAAGAGGAGGCGCUCCUGGCCGGACAAGGGGAACCACCGGAAAUGCUCUUGAUAGAUAAGAGAACACACGAUAACAUGCGCCAGAUGGCUCUGGGCAUGCUCCAGUCCAGCGAGGAUGGCCUUCUACAUGCGAGACGCACCCAAGAAGUUACAAAGAGUCUAGUUGAGGCAUUUGAUAGACCCCCCGCUGCCAAACUAGUAUUACCACGUCUGCAAAAUCCUGCUCCUUCCCUGAGUUCCUCUUUUGUGGAUCAACCACCUCCUCCUCCUCCUCAUCCAAGGCCUCCGCAAGCUGACACGCGUAGACAACCUGGGCAACAGAGUUCAGGCCAGCAACAGCAGCAACAGCAACCCCAACAACCUCUGAAUAGCCAGUCUGGACCAGCCAGUUGCAGGCCCCGCGCCCCCCCCGGAGGCCCGAGGAAUUCUGAUGAUGGUGGCGGUGAUGAUGGGUCUUCUGGAAUCCGCCGCCCCUGGGGUUCUUACAGUUUCUACACCGCACCAACCGGGACUGGGAAACGCAACAGAACCACAACCCGCGGGUCCGGGUCGAGCGGAACCCAAGGAGUACAGCAUCAAAAAGAGCAUCAGCAAGAAGAGUGCCAGCAAGAGGAGGAGCAUCAUCAUGACAAGGAUAGCAACAAUGAGGAGGACGAGAUUGUUGAAUGGACCAGAGACGACUGGGAAUGGGUGGAAAAGCAGCCCGGCGAAGACUCCGACUCCACCUCCUCGAUCUCUGAAUGGGACUUGGCCGAUUGGGAGAAGCUUGAGGGUAUAAUUCCUGGAAACACUCCAACGGAGAAAUGCGGCCAAUGCCACACCACUGCAACAGCCUCUCCUGGAGAUGUUAACCGGACACCCACUUGUCAAUCCACAUACUCACUCUCGGAGCGCGAUCAAAGCGAUUGUAACAGUGAAGCACCUCAAGGUAAAAAAACCGUAACCCCCCACCCACUCCUCAACCCUCCACUCCAAGAGGGCCAAGAAGAACCACCAUCUAAGGACACGAGCGAUGAGCAUGACAGAAGAUCCAACAAAUCUAGUCCCGAUCAAUACCAACAACACCAGCGUAACUUCCUCCCCGCCUCAUUCUCAACCCAACCACAAUGGGCUCAGUCCCAAUUUACAAACUUCACCCACGCCCUCCGGAGAAUCACAGCGCGCGUACAGCCCCAGCAAGAAGCUACCUCUCUCCCCCCAGCCGGCAGCAGCACCGGCAGCAGCACCGGCAGCGAAGGCGAGGACACCCAUCCUCCUGGCAUCACCCCCCGGGGUGUCGCAACCACACAAGCUACGCAAACCACACCAGAGCAAGACCCCACGAUGGAAUUCGGAAUUGCUAGUCCGGAAACUAGCGAUAUUCCAGCGGUUGGACCGAGCGAGCCUGCGGAUGCGCGGGGGGAGUGGGCCGCGCUCUUAGAAUCCCAUCCGAACUCCGCGGCCGUGGAGAAGGGGAGGGGGGAGGUGGAGGGGAACAAACAGAAGGUAGUAGAAGAGGAAUAUAAGAAGGUAUACCAAGAACUACAAAGAAUACUAUCGAAUGCCUGUAGAUCCUGGCUCCGGACGUUGGGCGCGUCUGAGGACUCGUUCAGAGCCCUACAGCCCAAGGACGAGGUGUCCUUUGGGGCUUACAGGAGUUCCUUCAGCCCUCUAAUAUCGGAGGAUUCAGCGCAGGAGGAUAACUCAAUUGGCAGGUUUUUGGCGGCGCUCGAUAGGGGUCAGUCUUUGCAGGAGGAUAUUGCGGCGGAGAUGGCGGCAGCCGGUGGGCAACUUAGUGGGGGGCUGUUGAUGGAAUAUGUUGAUGUUGCCCGCGAGAUAUGUCAGCCGCAUGAUGACAGCAACAGGGAGAUUGAUGAGUUGUGUUCUCGGGCCGAGAUAGCCCUCGGGAGUGGUAGUUCUGCUACUGCUGCCGCUACUGCUGAGAGUAGUAAUUGA